AUUAGCUUUUUAAUUUUAAUUUUAAUUUUUUUUUCAUUUAUUGAUGCUCCACGAUCCUAUAAAAGGGAUCGGGGAGGCAUAAUCCCCCUUUGUAAUUUGCUUUAUCUGUGUUUGUUCGAGGGAGUUUCUCUGAGAUCAAGAGAGAUCUCUCCUCUCUUAUUAAUUUGAGGGUUUUUUUUUUUUUGAAAAAAAAAGAUUUUUUGGGAGGGUUCGUGAGUGAUUUCGAUCAAUUUGGGGGGAUUGAAAUUGUGGGUUUGUUGUUAAUUUCUUAAUUUGAAUUGCAAAUUGGGGAAAAAUGACGGUUGGGGCUGGGAUUAGUGUUCAAGAUGGGAAUUUGAUGGUGUUGGGGACUAGGAUUUUAUCCGAUGUUCAUGGGAACAUAAUUUUGACCCCGGCGAGUGGGAAUGGAUUGAUGAACGGGGCGUUCAUCGGCGUUCGAUCCGAUCGCGGCGGAAGCCACAAUGUUUUCCCCAUUGGAAAGCUUCAGGAUUUACGAUUCAUGUGCACCUUCCGAUUCAAGCUGUGGUGGAUGACACAGAGGAUGGGUUCAUCCGGCCGAGACAUCCCCUUCGAAACCCAAUUCUUGAUUGUCGAGGGAACCGAUUGUUCACAAUUUGGGGAGGGGAGUGAAGAUGGGUUCGGUCGAUCCGCGGUCUACACCGUGUUUCUCCCAAUUCUGGAGGGUGCCUUUCGCGCUGUUCUUCAGGGCAACGCGAACGAUGAGCUCGAAAUUUGCUUAGAAAGCGGUGAUCCAGCGGUUGAAUCUUUCGAAGGAACCCAUUUAGUUUUCGUCGCUGCUGGAUCGGAUCCGUUUGAGGUCAUUACAGAUGCUGUAAAGACCAUCGAAAGGCACUUGCAAACUUUCUCACACAGGGAAAAGAAAAAGAUGCCAGACAUGCUAAACUGGUUUGGUUGGUGCACAUGGGAUGCUUUUUAUACCGAUGUAACAGCGGAGGGAGUAAAGCAAGGACUCGAAAGCUUAGAGAAAGGGGGAAUUGCUCCUAAAUUCGUCAUAAUCGAUGAUGGUUGGCAAUCGGUGGUCAUGGACCCAACUGAAAUUGCUACUGAAUCUGAUAAUGCAGCAAACUUUGCAAAUAGGUUAACCCAUAUCAAGGAGAACUAUAAAUUCCAGAAGAAUGGGAAAGAGGGCCACCGUGACGAGGAUCCAGCGAACGGCCUUGCUCAUGUUAUUUCCGAAAUUAAGGAAAAGCAUGAACUGAAAUAUGUCUAUGUGUGGCAUGCAAUUACUGGUUACUGGGGUGGAGUAAAGCCGGGUGUUACUGAAAUGGAACGGUAUGAAUCGAAAAUGCAAUUCCCUGUUUCGUCCCCUGGCGUUCAGUCCAACGAACACUGUGAUUGUUUGAAUAGCAUAACAAAUAACGGACUCGGCCUUGUUAAUCCAGAGAAAGUGUACAAUUUUUACAAUGAACUUCACUCUUAUCUUGCCUCUGCCGGGAUAGAUGGGGUGAAAGUAGAUGUCCAGAACAUUCUAGAAACACUAGGUGCCGGCCACGGCGGAAGGGUACAGCUUGCCAGAAAGUACCACCAAGCUCUAGAAGCUUCUAUUGCAAUGAACUUCCGCGACAAUGGGAUUAUAUCAUGCAUGAGCCAUAAUACUGAUAACUUGUACAGCUCGAAGAGAACGGCAGUUGUGAGGGCUUCUGAUGAUUUCUGGCCGAGAGAUCCAGCAUCGCACACUAUACACAUUGCAUCUGUUGCAUAUAAUACUGUUUUUCUUGGAGAAUUCAUGCAGCCUGAUUGGGAUAUGUUCCAUAGUGUUCACCCUAUGGCCGAGUACCAUGGAGCGGCUCGAGCAGUCGGCGGUUGUGCCAUAUAUGUUAGCGACAAGCCGGGAAACCAUGACUUCAACCUAUUGAAGAGACUUGUUCUUUAUGAUGGGUCUAUCUUGAGAGCUAAACUUCCUGGGAGACCCACAAGAGACUGCUUGUUUUCAGACCCUGCUAGGGAUGGAAAGAGCCUUCUAAAGAUAUGGAAUUUGAAUGAGUAUUCUGGAGUUAUUGGGGCCUUCAAUUGCCAGGGAGCCGGCUGGUGUAGAGUUGGGAAGAGGAAUCUGAUUCACGACGAACAACCCGGGACGAUCACUGGGGUUAUCCAAUCGAAGGAUGUAGAUUAUCUUCCGAGAGUCGCUCAUGACGGCUGGGACGGCGAUGUUAUCGUGUAUUCUCAUUUAGGAGGAGAGGCAAUUUACCUACCGACGAACGCAUCUUUGCCUGUGACGCUUAAACCACGUGAGUAUGAGGUCUUCACUGUCGUUCCGGUCGCUAAGCUAUUAAGUGGAGCCUCUUUUGCUCCCAUCGGAUUGAUCAGAAUGUUCAAUUCCAGUGGAGCCAUUAAGGAGCUAAGAUAUGAGUCUGCGGAAAAUGCGACCGCGGAAUUAAAAGUGCGCGGUUCGGGCACGAUUGGGGCCUAUUCAUCGGUUAGGCCAAAGAGAAUAACAGUUGAUUCAGAGGAGGUUGAGUUUAACUAUGAUGUGAGUUGUGGGUUGGUAACCUUUGAACUGGGGGUACCACAACAAGAGUUGUAUCUGUGGAAUGUCUCAGUGGAGUUGUAGAUUGGAGUUAUAUGCUGCACUUUCGGAGACUUUUCCACUCUAGGACUGAGAGAAGCCGAGUUACAAAGUAUGUAAUGAUGGAAGGAUCUCUUGCUUUCCUAAGCAUUGCACCUAAUCACUAGAUGAUAAGGAUGGAAGUGAGAUUUCUCUUUGCUUUGAUGCAUUUGCAUAAGAAUGGAAGUAAGGUCACCUUUGGAAGAGUAAGAGGGAGCUAGGAAUUUAGAAUGAGGGGGCUUAUGCAGUAUCACAAAACACUAACAUUUUGUAUUUUGGGGAGCUAAGGGAGUAUUUAAAAGAUCCAUUUAUGCGGAUUUAUCCUAUGCUUUUGCUGUUCUUGUUGUUGUAUUUUCAUUAUUUUCGGUGCUUAGUGAUGAAUUAAAUGUGCCCACUGUUGUAACCUUCAGAGCAAAAGGAGAGGCUAGUCUUUACUGUGGACUCGGGAUUAUUUUUAUUAAUAGGGUAUUAACUUC